AGUACAUGUAGUCGAUCCCGUGAACUUUUAAUCAUAAACAGUUGAGCAGCAGCUUAGUUUAAUUUUCCCUUUCUAUAUGUCGUUCAACAUUUACAAGGCUCCAAAGAAUAACUGUAAUACAACACAUCCAAGACAGGUGCUGUGAUAAAAACGCAUCACCACAAUGGGUUGUUCUAUCAGUACGGAAAAAAGUCCGAAAGCGAGAAGAAAAUCGAGAAGUCCCCGCGAACACCCGGAUAGCUGUGUCAAUCCGGAAAUCAGAAUCACCCGGUCCGACUCCACUUCCUCCUCCUCCUCCUCUUCUUCUUCUUCAUCUUCUUCUGAUUCCAGCAAAUCUAGGGGAAUUACAAAGGACAAGCGAAACAAGAAACAUCGCAAAAAGUCCAAAAAGGACAGAAAGAAAAGCAAAGAUAACUCGGGCGAAUGUGAGAAGCAGAACCAAAACGACCCCCCUGUCUGUGAAAAUGACCCGGAUGAUAAACCAACAGUUUGUGUUAUGAGACCGGAAGUCAGACUACCUGAACUUGAGUUAAAGGAAGAAAAGCACGAGGUCGUUGCCUGUGAUCUUCAACCAGAACCGGAAACAAACAACACGGAGGAGCCGACACCGUGCAAAGAGGAGGAUACACAGCCCGGAUCAGAGAGGAGCGGAGACGGAAAUGACACCAAACCGGAAUCAGAUACUGAAGCCAAACCGGAAUUAGAUUGAGAUCGAUGAUUUUAUUGGAAAAGAUGUGGGUUUUUUGAUGAUGCAAAAUAAAUAUGGUGUAAUUAA